ACGACACUAAAGUAACCACCACAAAUCUUCCUGCGACCCCUCUAUUUACCUUCUUCCAACAACAACCACUUCACUCAAUCAAUCCAUCAAAAACACAAUCAAUCAAUCAAUCCGACAUCAGCUUCACGCUCACCGCAACCAUGUCUCGCAUCCCUACCUCCACCUCGGUCCUCGAGUCCGCCGUCAUCGAAGCCCCCUUCAGCGACGUCUGGCACCUGAUCAAGCUGCAAGAUUUCUCCAAGUUCUACUCCGCCCUCUCCUCCAGCGAGUGGGUGAAGGGCGUAUCCCCCGACACCGACAUCGUCAAGUGGACCUUCAAGGACGGCACUGUCCUCGAGGUCAAGCAGGAGGAGCACUCGUCCAUCGACCACUACAUCACCUACAGCGUCAUCUCGUCGCAGCCCGCCCUGAGCUACACCUCUGUCGUCAGCACUGUGCGCGCCUACCCCGUCACCUCUGGAAAGCACGAGGGCGCUACUUUUGUCACCUGGAGCGGAAACUUUUCUAGCGAUGCUGAUGCGGGUGUCAUUGAGGAUGCCAAGUUCAAGCGUCGUGAGGCUUUGGCUGACCUCGCCAAGGCUGUCGCUAAGAAGUAAACGACGAUCGAUGGGAAGCAAGGAUAAAAAGAAAACAAUGGGUAUCAUAUCAAAGCUUAUGUAUGGGCAGAGCAGGGUUAUCACAUGUCGAUGUAACUAGUAGCCCGCCGUCAAUCACAUCAAUUGUCAAGCUGUGUUUCGUAUGAGAUUGCAAACAAAGACCUAAACUUGACCCUAGACUUAGUCCUAAGGAUCAGAAAACUUGUACAAAGUUUAUGAUAAUACUAUCCUAAGUUUUUGUCAAGAUCUUAUAAUUCAUGUCA